UUUCAAACCCAGAAAUCCAACGCGCCACACUCGAAAUAAUGAAAGGAGAAAGCAAGAUCAUACUCUAAAUUUUUCUCCUUUAAUGAAGUUAAGAACUCGUGAUUUUAAAUGCUCAACAUGCUCAACAACACCGACACAAGGUCUUUCAGAUAAACACUCGUGCGACAAGAAUGGCGCACAACGUGAAAUAAGUCAAUGUGCGACGCGGCGAUCAAUCAGUUAAACUUUAGCAGUGGGUGAAGAAGGCCAGAAAAGCUCCGGGCACAAGUGAAUUUUACUCGAGUGAGAGAACAAGAAUUUGCGCGGGAAUCAUGGCAGAAAAAGCACCAAGCAGUGGACCAUCUCCGUAUAAUAAAGAUGAACUCACUCCACCGGAUUUCCUCAAUGAGGCAUUCUUUCUCGGCGUUCUUCAGAAAGUGGAGAAGGACAGGGAUCUCAAGAUAGCAAAGUUCGAGAUGAUUCCGGGUACAAAGGCGGGAGAUCAUUUCGCCAGUAUUAUGUUCAAAGCCAUCAUUUCCUACACAUCGAGGGGAAAGGAAGUGAACUCCAGGUCACUCGUCGUGAAGACGAUGCCCGUCGAGGAGGGAAUGAAGAAGGAAAUGAUGACCGAAAUGCCCAUCUUCGACAGGGAGAUUGAAAUGUACACGAAAGUCCUUCCCGAGAUGGUUAGACUGAUGGAAUCUAUUGGUGAUUUUGAAGAACUUGCUCCCAGGAUGCUCUAUUAUAGCACAGAUCCUCUGAUUAUCAUCUUCGAGGAUAUCAGCAAAUUUGGCUAUGAGAUGCAUCAGGGUUUCCUGGAUUUUGACAAUGCCAUUAAAAUUGUCAAGAAAUUGGCCAAAUUUCACGCGCUGUCUUUCUAUAUCAAUGACAAUAAAUAUGCCCAUAAAUUCGAUUUCACCAAAUACAAAGGCAUAAUGAUAACAGAGAACACCAUUGACAAGAUGCAAGUGUUCGUUGAUGGAUUGUCAGCAAUGAAGGAAGAAGUGGAAACUUGGACAGAAUUCGAGAAGAUUGCUGAGAAAAUUGAGGUGGUCAGAACAACUUUCUUGAGAAAGCUCUUGAGCGUGUACUACCCUAAUCCCGAACCCGGAUUCAAUGUGCUCUGUCAUGCCGAUUUUCAUAUAAAAAAUAUGAUGUUUAUCAAGAAUGGCGAAGACAUUGAUAAGACAAUGUUUCUGGACUUCCAAAUGUGCUUUUGGGGAUCACAAGCUGUUGAUCUGAUUUAUGUACUCUACGCAAUCGGCAAUGCCGCGACAAGAGCGCGAAAAGGUGAAGUUGUAUCGAUCUAUCAUAAGACGUUCAAUGAGUAUUUGGAGCGAUUGGGAUGCCUGCGCAAAGGACCUUCUCUAUUGGAAUUGAAUAUUGACAUAACGAAGCAUGGACAAUUGGAGGUUCUUCUCGGAUUGUGCUUCUUGCCCUUCUUCAGUCUGGACUUCACGAAAGUCGAUAUGGAUCAGGUAAUGGAUCCCACACCCGAAAUGUUGGCGCAAAUGCAAAGGAUGGUUUACAAGAAUCCGGACGUUGUUGCCAUUCUGAAAGAAGUUCUUCCAUCGCUACUCUACAAAGGUCUUCUGGAUUGAGAAAAUUAAGGCACAAUUGUAUUAAGAAUUUUGAAAUUGCCAUGCGUUAUAGUUAUCAUUAUUUGUAUUCAACUGAUGUACCAAUAUUAUUUCAAACGUGGCAUAUUGUAGUUACAGAUUAAUUUAGAAAAUGAUUAAACUUGUACAGUGUCUUCUUAAUCAUUGUUAAAUAAAUUGUUGAAACAAUUUAGGCGUAUCGUCAAUUCAAAUAUCACUGAAAGAUAGUAAAUCUCCGACGUGCAUUAAACAAAACACUGUCAUCUAUCACUGAUUACGACAAGACGCUAACAAUUUCGUCUUACAUGUCCAGAGAUGAGUCUCUACGGUA